AUGGCGGUCGAGGCGCCCGAGGCGGUGGACGCGCGAGACGGUGGUCGUCGCGCGCGCGUCGCCGAGGUCGAGGGGGCGCGAGCGGCGCUCAGAGAGGUGCGAGCGAAGACGGACGCGGCGACGCGAGAGGCGAGCGAGACCAUACGGGCGUUGCGGGAGGAGCUUUUAGCGAUGGACGUCGGGAAGAGGUUCGGGAAGGCGCGCGAUGGGUUAGAGACGCCGGAGGUGGAUGAAUUGAACUCGCGCGUCGGGGACGUGCCGGAGUUAGAAACGCCUGAGUUGGAGAGGGUUAACGCGGCGCCAGAGGAGAAGGCGACGACGAAGGUUUCGUCGGAAGUUUCAUCAUCAGAGGUCGUCGGCCCAUCGAAGAAGGAGCGUUCCGUGGAGGAUGAGUUGAUGACCGUGCGAGGAGCGCCGCACCCGGUGAUGAAGGCGCCUACUUCGUUGAACGGUAAACCCGCGCUCGAUCCAAAUCGUAUUCGCACGAUAUCGUUAAACGCCCCGCGAGCGUUUCUGUACGAGAAUUUCUUGAGCGAAAAGGAGUGUGAACAUUUGUUAGCGCUCUCCAAGGGCAAGUUGCACAAGUCGGGUGUGGUGGACGCGCAGACUGGGGGGUCAAGUCUGAGCGAAGUACGUACGUCGACUGGGACGUUCAUCUCUCGCAAGUACGACGACAUCAUCGCCGGAGUGGAGGAACGUAUCGAACUCUGGUCGCAAAUCCCGCAGAGUCAUCACGAGGCAUUUCAAAUCCUUCGAUACGAGCCGGGUCAGGAGUAUAAGGCGCACUUUGAUUACUUUUUCCACAAGAGCGGGAUGCGCAACAAUCGCAUAGCCACCGUAUUGCUCUAUCUCUCCGACGUCGAGGAGGGCGGGGAAACGGUUUUCCCGAACACGGACGUCCCGACAUCGCGAAAUCGCUCGAUGUAUUCUGAAUGUGGGAACGGGGGCAAGGCGUUGAAGGCUCGGAAGGGCGACGCGCUAUUGUUCUGGAGCAUGAAGCCGGGAGGUGAGCUCGACGCCGGGAGCUCGCACGCGGGGUGUCCCGUGAUCAAGGGUGAGAAGUGGACCGCGACGAAGUGGAUGCAUGUGAAUCCGCUCGCAGGACCGAACGAUGACGCGCACAACGUCUUUUACGAUGGCGGUCCGCGAUCGACGGCAAGCUGCUCCGACGCCCAAGCCGAAUGUCGCGGUUGGGCCGAGUCGGGGGAGUGCGACAAGAACCCGGGGUUCAUGCGCGAAUCGUGUAAGAUGUCGUGUAGGGUAUGCGUUGGGGAUUGGCGAGAUGGGAGUUACGUCAAGCCCGAGGAGGUCAAGUCGGAGACAGCUUCGACGUAG